UAGCAUUUGCAUUCAACAUGAAGUAUAUGUAUGAUGUACUUGCUUGUAAGAGUUCGGAAAAAAGAUACGCCUAUCUAUGUAGUGAAGUGAACAGAGAACGCAUUAUCAGAAACUUUGGAUUGUUAAAUAUUUGUGCAAUAAAUAAACAGGUUUGUUGUGGGCUAGUUUGUGACAAAGCUAUUAAUCAAUAGACAGUGUGAUAUUUCUAUUCAUACAGUGUACUUCUUAUUGUCUUUCCUUUUGUCACUUUUUUUUGGUUGAUGUACAAACAUGGCUACCAAUGUGGAUAACAACGAUGAUGACUCCUUCAUCAUCCUCGGGACGUCUGCGGCCUCAAGUCUGGACGUGAAGUGUGGUCCAGUCAACGGAGAUGUGCAGAUGGACAAGUCUCACUUGGAGGAUGCCUUGAAAGAUCUCUCUGACGAAGCCAACAUGGCAUACAAGGCACAUUUCCAGCUGGGUGAUUGCCCGUCACCAGCCAGUAUGAUGGCAGCAAGCACAAUCGUGACCGACGACUCAAGCACAGAAGAACUACAGAAACGUUUCGGCGAACUGCUCGACGAAAACGUGAUCUUGAAGGAGACUUUGAAGCAAAACAACGAUUCUAUGAAGGAACAGUUCCUGCUUAUAGCUUCGUGUCAGGAAGACAUGCUGAGGACACAAGAACUUCAUAAGGAGAAGUUUGAAGAGACCAAGGAAUUAGUUGAGAGGCUCCGCUUAGAGAACAAGAAGCUUAAAGCGGACCUUCUCCGCAAGGUGGAGGUGGAGGUGCAGACGUCCGACUCCGUCGUCGCGUCCGGCCCGUCGUCCGGCCCGUCGUCCGGGCUGGAGUUCGUGUCGUCGCCGGACGACGAUACGAUAUACAAGCUGACGGCGCAGUUGGAGCUGGUUGAGAAGCAGCGGCGACAGGUGCUAGUUGAAAACGAGAAGUUGACCUGGCAGAAGGAAUCUCUGGAACAUAUAGUCGACGCAACUUCAAAAGAGAGGGAUGAGCUCAAAGAGAAACUACAGAAUUUAGAGCUCAAACUGUCCAGUAAAGAUAGUGAUUAUGGCAGCCAGAUAAUCAGCCUUAAGUCCACCGUGCAAGAUUUGCACGGGAAACUGCAGUCCGCUAACAGUGUUUCCAGCAUAUCAUCAGAUGAGCUGACCAAGCGUGAUUCCCACAUCCAGCAGUUGGAGGCGAAGGUAUCUCGGCUUCAAACCGAGCUCAAGGAGUCCCAGCUCAGGGUAUGGGACUUGGAGAAUAUUAGGCUGGAGUUCUCAAAGCACAAGUCUGAGCAGUCGGAAGCUGCGCGGCUGUACAAGGAACAGCUACAGGAGCUGCAGACCAAACUCAAGGACGCACAGAUCACUGUGUUCCAACCGGUCCGCCUGUCCCUAAGUGCCGAACGGGACGCGUCCCGAGAAUCCGAUUCUCCGUCCCGCGAGUGCAACGGGCUCAUGGCCAACGUCAGGCUCUACGAUCGCACGCUUAAGCAUUUGGCGGAUCUCAUGAACGCGCUUACACACGGGUUAACGGACAGCAUCGUAGGGACGCUAGGACUAGUGGCGAGCCUUCAAGACUUCAAGCUGGAGAAGACUACCGUCGACCAGUUCAAAGCGAGCCUGAGCGAAGUGAAGCAACAGCUGGACAAACUACACAACAAUUCGUUGGGUUACGUUGUACAAGUCAGAAGCACAUUGUCGAUAUUUGAAGGGAUAUUCAAAGACUACAAUGAACUUCUGAAGAAGUCGUUGACUCAACAGGAACAAAAACCCGCUACCCCCAACGUGGAAGCGUUAACCAAUGCGUUACUCGCGCGAGCCGAGGAGAUAGCGAACCUCCAAACCGAAGUGAGGAGGCUUCGCAAUGUGACGGACGACACCGAUGUGUUGAAAGCACAGCUGGACUUGUAUAGGAGUGACUUCGACGCGGAGCGUGAAGCGAGAGAGAAGAUGGCGUGCGAGAAAGAGAACAUCAUGGUCGACCUCCGCACGGCGCAGCGCAGGAUACAGGAGCUGGUGCUGCAGCUUGACGAAGUCAGAAAGAUCAACCCAGACGUGUUCUGGACAGCGACCACCAGUAGGAACCCUCAGCCUACCGCACCUUCUGCUCCGUCAACGAGGCAGGCUGGCUCCAGGCCUACCAGUAGUACUAGUAGACCUGGUACCACUGGCAGACCGGCUGGUAGCGCCGGCACUACUAGACCGGCUGGCAAUGGCGCUACUAAAAAGACGGUCUACCAAUGCCCCAAAUGCAUGCGAUUCAAGAGCGAGAGCUAUGCUGUGAUGGAUGACCACCUCGACUACUGUCUCGACUCGAAUAACGAUCCCUGCAGUCCUGUGUAGAGCUGAGGUGUAAAGGUAGGCCCUGUUAAGAGUCCCACGUAGAAUUGGAGCAAAUAAAUUUUCAAUUUCCAUGCCAAAAUCAAGGUCAAACUCAAAAAGCAAUUUAUUUGGUGGCGUUUUAUUUUAAAUUGUUUUAAAUUUAUUUCGUUUCAUUUUUGUCAAGGACAAAAGCAAAUUCUCAGGAGUACGUGAAAAAUACCUACCUAGAUUUAUCCUUUGUAUGGUUAAAUUUGAAUGAGUCGUCCUAGCCCGUCUCAAAAUGUAGCCGUCCUAAUAUGUAGUAAAAUUCUAAAUUCGCCGCUAUUAAAAACGUAUGAUAAUCACGUAUACGAAGAGCCUUGACGUGGGACCCUUAAGCGAGGUAUUCACAUAAAUUAAAAUAAAGUUAACUUGAAUACAUAGUUUUGUAUUAAUUUAGAGGAACUUUAUCUACUAGGUCGUGUAGAUACCCCCUAUCUAGGUGUUCCUUGUUAUACACGAAUUAGUGUAGUUUCCGUCUAAAAUAUUUUUAGAUCUUCUGCUAAUAGAAAUUAAGGGCAGGUCACAACCCAAAACAAUAUUAAAAGCGAUUGUCAAACUAAGUAUAGUAAAUACUUUUGUAUGUAUACUAAAAAAAUAAAAAGUUGAAGAAAUCACCAGUUCUAAAUAGGUGUAUGUUACCAAUAACUUUUAUUCAUUAACAAAAAACGUGAAAGUAUGGAAUGAUAGCAUUUUAAAAAUGUUAAAAAAUGCGAUGAAAUAUAGCUCUUAUUUACUUAAUCUCAUGAAAAGUUUUUGUUUAAAAUACGUUGUGACCUUAACUCCUGUAAAUAGCCAAAGUGACCUCGAAGUAAUUCAAACCGACUUGUUUUUUUAACGUGAACUAAAAACCACAAUAAUGCCUUAAAUAGUUAAAUGUAAGGUGCUUUGUUAACUGUUUUAGUUCGGUUGUCCUACAAUGUUGUUAAUUUACCGAUAGAUUGGGUGCGCUUGGCGGAAAAAAGUGCUCGAAAACGCUUGUGAGAAAAAUAGGUAAGCGCUGUCACUGCUAAACAAUUAAUGAAACACGUCACUAUUGAAGUUAGUUACGCCCGUAUUCACAAACGAUGCUUGCUUAAAU